GUAUCGAGAGAGAGAGAGAGAGAGAGAGAGACAGAAAGAGGGAGAGAUGAAGGGUUGCUUCCGUUUCAUCUCUCCUUGAUCUUCCUUCUCGUUCCUCCGUUAAUCUUAUGUCGGCUCCCAAUAAACGAUCUGGCUUCAAGUGAGUCAUUUCCCGUUUUAUGAGUGUGUCAGGUGUAGAUUUGGUUCCAAAAUGCCAGGAUCUGAGUCAUUUCAUGCAACGAUAUUGUUUCCUUUCAGGUCUGGCUUUAAGUACACACUUGGUAAAGGAUUACUCUCAAGGGUCAGAAAUCAGGCCUAUGGUUUUCUUUCUGUGGUUCAUCCACAACUCUAGCCACGGACGAAUGCCCUUUCAAUAAUCAGGCUUCUCCUGCCAGCACCAUGUGGAGUUUCGCUUCAAAUGCCAUAGCAGGAAACAUAGUACCAAAGAAUAUCUGUCAAAAGCCGAGCCAAUCUACAUCCGAGUGCUCAGAUGACGAUGCUUCUUCAAGCACUAGCAGAGAAGAAGGGCUGGAAUGCCCAAUAUGUUGGGAAUCCUUCAAUAUUGUUGAGAAUGUACCCUAUGUCUUAUGGUGUGGUCACACCCUCUGCAAGAACUGCGUCCUGGGACUCCAGUGGGCUGUUGUGAAAUUCCCUACUCUCCCAAUCCAGCUCCCGCUCUUCAUCUCUUGCCCGUGGUGCAACCUAUUAUCCUUUCGGCUGGUCUACAAGGGAAAUCUUAAGUUUCCUCGCAAGAACUUUUUCCUACUCUGGAUGGUCGAGAGCAUGAAUGGCGAUAGGCUGAAGUCUCAUUCAGCAUUUUGUGGGGACCACCAAGGGAUUUGGCCUUCGUUGAACAUGAGCUCAGCCUCGGGGAGUCAAGCCAAUCGCAGCAGCAGCGGCAGAAGGGCUCCAUCCAUACACCCUGAGCGGCCUCCAAACACAAACCAUGCUAGCCUCGUUGCUGACUACUGGAACGUAGGGAUGCUCCACUCUUCCCUACGGAAGUCGCUGGUUUUCUUUGUUCACUUGACAUCCAAGUUCCCUCUGGUCCUCAUAUUACUCUUGAUCGUCUUGUAUGCCAUUCCUGCCAGUGCUGCCAUCCUGGCCCUGUACAUCCUUGUCACUGUUCUGUUUGCAUUGCCAUCUUUCCUGAUACUCUACUUUGCAUACCCGAGCUUGGAUUGGCUGGUGAGAGAAAUCAUCACUUGAAGUGGGCCAUUCAUUUCUCAUUGAAAGAUCCUGUGCAUAGACGAUGGCCACUCCGAUUCUCUGAUAGAUGCUUCUCUUGGUUUCUAUUCCCAAGCAAUGGUGUUAUUCGACGACUUCACUGUUUUUGACGAUGGCCCACUGUCCUUUUAGGUGGCAACUGGGUCCAUAAAUUUUGCUGGCAUCUGCAACUGAGCAGGCAGGCCACCUUCAUAAUGAGAAUCAGUCCAGGUAUAGUCAUGUUUGGCUGCUGUUGUCUUAGUGAGUGUAAGCUUGUUUGACGUGGUUGCAGCGAAGGUGCCACAGAUCAUGUUGGUGGUAUGGAAACUUCGUUGCAAUACGUGGAUUUAUUUCCUUUUAUUUUUUAUUUUCUGUGACUGUAGAUAUGGUUGUGUUUUGUUUCUUUUCUUUUCUUUUUUUCCUUGUAAUUUUAUUUUCUGUGACUAUAGAUAUUGUUUCAUGUUUA